AAACUCGAUAACACAGAGACGAGAUUUCAUUUUUCUGGAAAAGGUAUGAUCUAACGAAAGUCCUUGGAUUCAGGAGACUGGAUAGUAAAGACCGACACUAAUAAACAAACUUACCAGAAGAACUAUUUAUUAUAAUAUAUAUAAAAACUAUAAUAUAAUGUCGUCACAAAGGACAAUACUACAUAAAGUGUGUGUUGCACUGACACUGUUAAUAGUGGGAUUUAUACAUGUGGCGAGGAGUGAGAUGUUUACAGCCCUUGCAGAUGUAGAGAGAAUCCUACAUGUAGAGAAAGACAUAGCCAAUGAUCUCAGAGAAUAUAUUGCCAGCGAGGAGGCUAGGCUGGAAAAAAUUAGAAAAGUGGCCGAUGACUAUGAAUCCCAUAGUAAUGAAGGUUUAAGUGAUAUUGUCCACCAUGUGGGCCAUCCUGUUAAUGCAUUCUUGCUUGUGAAACGAUUCACACUUGACUGGAAGAAUGUUGAGGACCUUCUCAAGAAUGAUACAUCUCAAGAAAUUAUUAAUCGUAUAAAUGGGCAUCAAGAGAGAUUCCCGGAUACAGAGGAUCUAGGUGGCGCCGCUACAGCAUUGUUACGUCUUCAAGACACAUAUGAGAUUCCUACUUCAAAGUUGGCACUUGGGGAGGUGGGGAAGAAGAAAUCUAGUCCCAUGACAGCCAAUGACUGUUUUGAACUAGGCAAAUCAGCAUACCUGAAUGGUGACCAUUACCACUGCAUCUUAUGGAUGGACGAAGCUAUAGAUAUCUAUGAGAAUGAGCGUAAUAAAACAGUUGAUAAAGCAACUGUGCUUGAUUAUUUGUCAUAUUCACUUUAUCUGCAAGGCAAUGUGCGUCACGCACUCGUUUUGACCAAUGAGCUUAUCUCGCUUGGUAAUGUGAGACCAGCACUGAAGUUGACCAAUGAAUGGUUACUACUUGUGCCAGAUCACGAGAGAGCAUCCAACAAUAAGAAAUACUAUGAGAGUCUUAUAGAGAAAGAAGAAAGUGAACCUGGUAAGCGUGGAGACUCUGGGGAGAAAGUGAAAAAUGAACGGCCGACUGAUGAAUACAAACGUUCAACAGAGUUUAUUGUGUAUGAGAAACUGUGCAGAGGAGAGGAUACACAUGAAAUCCCAUCACCACACACUCUUGCAUGCAGUUACAAUGACAAUAACAGUCCAUUUCUGAAGCUACAGCCAAUCAAACAAGAGGUUGUGUUCCACGAUCCUAGAAUCGUAAUCCUUCAUGACGUUAUGUCUGACAGUGAAAUUGAGGUUAUAAAAACUUUAGCAGCUCCCAGGCUUCAGCGUGCAACAGCGCGUAAUAUUGUAACUGGAAAAUUCGAGCCAGCUCAUUAUAGAAUAAGCAAAAGGGGAUCCCCCAGGAUUUAUACAACAGUGGGUGAUAAUGGUUUUCGCUGUACCCCCGGAGGAUCCCCAUUUAAUGUUGUAAAGCUGGCACGAUCAACUGUAUUUGACCCUAAAAAGAAAAACACACAAGGAGCAUCAGCCAAUGUGCAAAGCUAUAGAACUAGUAAAGGUAUGUGGCUGGACAACUUCGAUCACCAUGUGGUAGACCGUGUUGACAGGCGGGUCCAUGCUUUCACUGGCUUCGAUUCAGAAACAACUGAACAGCUACAGGUGGUGAACUAUGGGAUAGGUGGUCAUUAUGAGCCUCAUUUUGACUAUGCCAGGAACACUCCUGCCGAGAAACAUACAUUUGAAGAAUUCCGGGGUAACCGAAUUGCAACUGUGUUAUUUUAUAUGACUGAUGUUGAAUUAGGUGGUGCCACUGUCUUUCCAACUAUAGGAGCAAAAGUUUUUCCUAAAAAAGGUACGGCAGUUUUCUGGCACAACCUUCACAAGAGUGGGGAAGGAGAUGAGUUGACACGUCAUGCAGCUUGUCCAGUUCUAGUCGGCUCAAAAUGGGUCAGCAACAAGUGGAUCCACGAAAGAGGCCAGGAAUUCAGGAGGCCAUGUGGGUUAUCUGCAGAUGAAUAAACAUCUCUAAUAUAAAGCUCAUAGCUGAUCAUUAUAGUGAGGAUAAUCAAUGAAACAUUAUGCAAUAAUUCACUAUAAUGUGAUUUAAUACACAUUGCUCAUUUGUGCAUCCACCUAACAUGUACAUGCUGGGAGUAGGGCUGUCUGGAUAAAUAAUCACUUAGGUUAGUAUGUUGUGGCUACCCAGAUUAAUAAAUCACCCAAUAGGAAGGACACCUAAGAGUAAAGAUUGCUGAAUUAAUACUCAAUAUGAAAGAUCAAAGAAUUUUCAUGAACAUCCAAGUGCCAUGAUAUGAUAAUAUGGCCCAU